AUGGCUGUAGAAAAAUUUGCUGCUGCACCAGUACCACCUGUACGAUCAUCUACGCCCACGAGCUCUUUCCUGCUCUCCAUGGGUGCUGCUCCCUCUCAGCCUGCGCCUCAGGCUCUUGUGCCUCUCCCAGCUGCUAUAGCAAUCAAUGUCGCCCUCGUAGCCGUCAACUUCGCUAUAGCAACUAUGUGCCACGCGCCUCUACAUUCGAGUCCAACGCUCAACCGUAUACUCGAUGUCAUUAAGCUCCGUCGUCAACAGGAUGAGCCCGAACGCACAUCCCAAGGCGCGAGAGAACGAUCAGCAACCUUGCAGGCAGCGGAUCGCACGGCAGAAGAUGCUACUCGUGCGCUCGGGGCUGUGGAAGGCCAACAUCACCCCUACGAGGAAAUUCUCAUUCAGCCUGUUAUCAUGCCCUCGCUUCAGGAUGUCGAAGAGGCUAAGCGCCGCGUCGAAUAUGACGACCACCUCUUCCAUUUCGCAGUAGCCGGCGUCUCAGGGAGCGGCAAGUCCUCUCUUAUCAACGCACUGCGCGGACUGCACAACCGUCAGGAGGGCGCCGCUGCGACAGGAGUAAGCGAGGCGACACUGCAGCUUCGCCGCUAUCCAGACCCGAACCCGCGAAACCGCGUCGUGUGGUACGACGUUCCGGGCGCGGGCACGCUCCAGGUGCCGGGCCAUCAGUACUUUCACAAGCAGGGCUUAUACGUCUUCGAUGCCCUCAUUGUGCUGAUCGACCACCGCUUCACGGAAGCGGACAUUGCGAUCCUGCGGAACGCGGGCUUGUUCGGUAUCCCGUGCUACAUCGUUCGCUCAAAGGCAGACUCGCAUAUCAGGAAUCUGGUUGAUGAAAUGAAGGUGGACGGCGCCAGCUCGGUCGAAGGCGGAGGAGUUCUGGAGGAGCUCGAGAGUUAUGCUAGAGAUGAGUUCCGAAGUCAGACGAAGAAGAACGUCAGGGAGAAUCUGCGCAGAGCGGGAUUGCCCGACCAGAAGGUCUAUAUCAUGUCGACCAUGACGAUGCGCAGCGUGGUCAAGGGGUCUGUCGCUCAGGUAUCGCAGAAAAUCCUGGACGAGCUGGACUUCUUGGAGACCUUCUUGGGAGACGCUCACAGUCGUCGGGGACCGAAGUCUGAGUAG